GUGAUCUAUUUUUGCAGAGCCUGAGAAUUGAAGUCUGCACAUUUAGCUUAAAAUGACGGGAGAAUCUAUAUCUGGUUGGGAGUUCGAUAAAUUUGACGACGGUUCUUUGAAAAUUGUUGGUGAGGUGCAGCUCAGGAAGUAUGGCAAGUUUCUUGAAGAGUAUGCCACCCAGUUGAAAGGAAUUGAAGAUGCCUUAGACGAAUCCGUAGGGGAUGUGUGGGACUUUACACUAGAUCCUAUCUCACUACAAUACUUGCCGUGUGAACAGACUUCAUUGCUGGACCUCAUCAAGACUGACAACAAGAUCUUCAACAAAGUCAUCACUGUAUUUGCAUCUCUUUGUUGUGAGGUUGAGCAGCUGAAAUAUGAGGCUCAACAUAAAUUCUACCCUGCACUUAUCUUCUAUGGAGAAGGAGAACCCGAGACAGGUUUGGAAGAAGGAGAGGCACAGGUUCAGAUGGGACGUCUCAUGCCCUUCUUGCAGGAGUUGUCAUGCUAUGUGAACCGUUGCUAUGAAGUUGUCAAGAACAUGGUGGACCAACUUGCUGCCUUGUACAAUAAUGCAAAGACUGCACCAAAGAUCAUUGAUGUUACUCAUGUUCAUUUUCUUACAACCUAUGAGUACCUGGGUGAGCUCCUGCGUAUCUUGAUCACACUCGAUGAGAUCGUUGCCAAUCAAGCAACACUCAGGGAUCACUGGACACUCUACAAGAGGAUGUUGAAGUCAGUGCAUCACAACCCUCAGAGGUUUGGGAUGGAGGAAUCCAAGCUGAGACCGUUUGAGAAGCUUCUCAUGGGACUCCAGGGUCAACUCUUAGAUGGCAUGAUCUUCCAGAACUGUGUUGAGCAGAACUUUGAUGACUGUGGAGUGACCGUGUCAAAAAAUACCUACUUUGCUGAGGAGUUUGCUUACAAUAUCAGAACCAUGUUUGCCAACACUGAUCCAAGGAUUGGUGAGGUGAAUGAGACAGACCAAAGACUGAAGUAUGUUGGUAUAUGUGGUCUCUAUGUACUCCACUAUCAGAUCUUCAGAGUCAUCGACAAAAAGGUCUUCAAAUCUCUCUGGGAUGUCUACAAAAAGAUUCCAGCCAUCACAUUGACAGCCAACAUUGUGUGGUCAGCCAACCAGUUCUUACUCAAGAGUCUCUCACCUCACGUAGCUAGACUGAUUGAUAGGAAGGCACAGCAUCAUGUCCUACAGCAGACCAGUCUGUUCUUACAACAGAAGAGCCAGAACCUUCUCAAGGAGGUACAGGUAUACUACAUGCAGGUGUGUUCCUGGAUGGUUCGUAUGGAAUCGAGUCUGACUCAGGCCAACACUGUCAUAGAGGACCUCACGCACAAGUGCACUCUCUUCAUACAUGGGUUGCUGUUUGCCUACAACAUCAGUAACCUUGUUCACACUGUGAUGAACCUUCAUGCUCACAUGAACAAACCCAUGACCAAAACAGCCGUCCUUGCUCUGUGCAGACUCAUCGAGAUGCUCAAGAGCAUUGAGCACACCUUCCAUCGUCGUACCAUGCUUGUAGCUGAGUCUGUCACACACAUCAUACAGCAUCUUCAGUUCAUGGCCUUGGCCUCGGUCAACACAGCAAAGAAACGUAUCAUCUCAGACAAGAAGUACAGUGAGAAGAGGUUGGAUGCUCUCUCUGCCUUGGUGCUGGUGGAGAACGCCCUCAACGGACCAUCCACCAAAGAAAGGAGGUUGAUUGCCAAUCUCCUUGCUGUAGGAACUCAAAUGAAAUGUUUCAAGGAUGAUGAGCUGGUGUCCUUCAAGAGUUUGAUGAACAAGCUUGCUGCCAUCAGUGACCUCAGAACAAGAUUGCGGGAAGCAUGUAACUGCAGUUUCCUGUACUGGCAUCGUGUAGUCUUCCCUCUCUACCUGGCAGAUAGGUUUGAGAAUGCAGUGGAUGCUCAUAGGUUACAUUACAUGAUGGGUGCCUUAGCAGACUGUGUAGCACCUAUGAAGCAGACAAGGCAUCUAGACUCUAAUGGAGUGCUAUUGAACUGCUUUGAUAGGGAAAUCAAUGGACAACUCAAAGAGCAUCUACUGGAGCCACUGUGUCGUGCCGUUGAGACUGAUCUGCGUCUCUCAAUACACAACCACCUCCAGCUUGACGAUAGGAACCCGUUCAAGGUCACCCUGAAGGACAUCUCACACUUCCUCAAGAUGAAACCUAUCAGGUUCUUCAGCUACUUCAUCGACAUCAAAGCCCAUGUAACGCACUACCUGGACAAGACCUUCUACAACCUGACCACGGUGGCAUUGCAUGACUGGAAGACGUAUGCCGAGAUGCGUAACCUGGCAGCACAGAAGUACGGUCUGGCGAUGACAGAGGCUCAUCUACCUACACAGACUCUGGAACAAGGUUUGGAUGUGUUGGAGAUCAUGAGGAACAUUCACAUCUUUGUGUCCAAGUAUCUCUACAAUGUCAACAAUCAGAUCUUUGUGGAACGUUCCAGCAACAACAAGCAUCUUAACACCAUCAACAUCCGCCACAUUGCCAACUCCAUCCGUACCCACGGUACAGGGAUCAUGAACACCACCGUCAACUUCACCUAUCAGUUCCUUCGGAAGAAGUUCUUCAUCUUCUCUCAGUUCAUGUACGAUGAACACAUCAAGUCUAAACUCAUCAAGGACUUAAGGUACUUCAGAGAGAACAAACAGGAGAUGAACCAGAUGUACCCCUUUGACCGAGCAGACAAGUUCAACAAGGGCAUCAGGAAGCUAGGUCUGACACCAGAGGGCGACAGUUAUCUUGAUCAGUUCAGGAACCUACUCAGUCAGAUUGGUAAUGCGAUGGGGUACAUCAGGAUGAUCCGAUCAGGUGGUCUAAGAUGCUGCAGUAAUGCCAUCAGGUUUGUACCAGACCUGGAGGACAUUGUAAGCUUUGAAGAACUGGUUGGAGAAGAGAAGCUAUCACCUGAAGUCACACAAGCUGCAAGGAAUCUUGACAAUGUAAUCGGAAACCUGACAAAGAACUUUGCAGAAGGAACUGAGUACUUCAAGAUGUUGGUGGAUGUGUUCUCACCAGAGUUCAGGAAUCCUAAGAACAUGCAUCUCAGGAACUUCUACACCAUCCUUCCUGCCUUGACACUCAACUUUGUGGAGUACUCUGUGAGCUCCAAGGAAAAGUUGAACAAGAAGAACAAGAUGGGAGCAGCUUUCACGGAUGAUGGAUUUGCCAUGGGCGUGGCAUACAUCCUGAAGCUGUUAGACCAGUACCAAGAGUUUGACUCCCUUCACUGGUUCCACUCGGUCAAGUUCAAGUACAACAAGGACAAGGAGACAGUUAGGAAGCAGAUGGGAGGAGAUGAGAAGCUACAUAACACAGCACAACUCACAAUCAAGAGACUGGACACGUACCAAAGGGAGUUUGAUCUGCUGUACUACAGCUGGAGCAGUGCUAGGAUCUUCUUCAGAGCUGACAAGACAGCCGCUGAAGAGCAGGAGGAAAAGAUUGAGAAGGAAGAGAGAGAAAACAAAGCCAUAGAGGGCGCACCACAAGAGAGACUAGCCCUGACUGCACCAGCAACCAACAAUACGCCAGCUAUCGCAGCACCGCCAACUUCCAACUUACCUGCCAUUAUGGCCAGCUAGGUUCGUCAUACUAACAGGAGAAAUGGCACACAACCUGCUUAGAUCUGGUACAUGCACCAAAUCUACCUACUCAAGGAUGAUACAAUAUACAUCGCCCGUCGUGAUAUAUAGCCUUCACAGGGCAUGACUACCCUCUAAAAUAAUAAUGAGUUUUACAAAUUAGAGUUCAUCACGUUAGAAACUGCACAUGUAGAAUAGGGUGAGGGUAAGGCAACCUCCUUCUAUACAGUAAAAUUCAGUGGAAGGGGUCAAUUGAUUUAUUUUAAGUUGUGCCAUUAUCUAUCUUGUAUUGCACAAUGCACAUGGUCCAUUACCAAAACUGUAUUACUUUGUGGUGGAUAAGACUGCUGCAUUUAUAUCAAUUACAGAUUAUAGCAGUGCUUUAACCAACAAAUUUUAUUCUGGCAGUUAUUAUUUUACCUUUUGAAUUUAAAAUUUUGAAAAUUUGCUGUAUUGAAAGUGCUUUACUUCACCUUGCUUUAAGGAUGUUUAUGAUUCAUACUGACAAAAUAUGUUAUAUGCUUUUACAAUUGAUGAGAGGAAAUAAAUUAUU